AUGGAUCCUGACAUGGAAUUCAAUGCCUUAUCGGCGUUAUAUCAAAGCGUCAUACAGGAUAUGAAGGUCGGUAAAUCGUCGUUUUUUCGUGUUGUUUUCUUUGUUUUCCUUGUCAUCCUUUCAUCAAUUUCUGCUAAUGUGAAUGCUUUUCUUAUUGUUUUCUUAAUCUUUCGAAUUCUGAAUUGUCGUUGA